AUGGCAAACAAGUUUGGAUUAGGGUCUUUACCUCUAGAAUCUAAAAAUCCCAUGACGACGUUUAUAAACAAAGCGAAACCUUUUUUCGUGGAUCAAAUCGGAGACACCUUACAAGGGGAUAUCGAUAUGAACAAUUUCAAAAUAACUAAUUUAAAGUUUCCAGGUAACGAUAACGAUGCCGUUAACAAGAAAUAUUUACUGGAUCAAAUUCAAAUAGAUAAGGACCAUGUUGAAAAUAGAAUAACUGACGUGAAAAGAUACCUCAGACGAAAUAUUAAAAAUCUUGUGGACGAACCCAAACUACAACAAGAGUUAACGAGUUUGAAACGUCUUAUUCAAGAGGAUAAACAAUUUCCUAUGAAGGUUAAAGUCAAUAAAGUAGUCUUCAAACAAACCGGUAAGGUCGUCAAACAUAUUUCAUUAUUCAAUGAUGGUAAUUUGGAAGAGAAUAUACGUUUGAUUGAUAAAAGGGAUCAGGAAAUUGAAACGAAAAAUGGUAAAUAUGUAGACACCUUUAAAAUGGAAGUAGAAAAUGAUAAGGAUAACAUUGGAAUCAAAGAUUUAGUUAUGAUAUUGGAGACGGAAAAUCCACCAUCAACCAACAUGAUCAAAAUUCCACCAUCAUUUAUAAUACCCGCACACAUACCCGGACCAAUAGAAUCGAGCAGUCAUGAGUUUUUACGAACAACAGACUUUGAAUACGUAAAACUGUAUUUCGCUUUAGGUGAAAAAUACACCUCGAUCGAUGUUCAUAAAAGUCAACAAGAAAGAGAGUUUAUAGUACAUUUAUCGUUUGCCGAAGACUCCAUCCUUGAAGGUGGUGGUUUUAUUUUUAGUGCCAAGAUAAACAUCGAAAAAGAAAAAAUAAAAUAUUCCUAUCAUCUUAAAGAGGACCAUAUGAAAAAAGAAAUGUCGUUAGUACGCGUAAAUGUUGUUACUUUUAAUACCCGAAAAUAUAAUAAUGCUAGGCCAAACAAGCACGCUCUUUACGAUAAUCCGUGGUUCUAUUUAUCGAAAAUUCACCUAAUUUAA